AUGGACGGCAAACCCAUCCAGCCAUCGGACGAGGGUGCUGACCCAUCUCAUGCCGACAUGGCGAGAACGGACAGCCCGGACCCCGAAGAGGACAGUGAUUCCGAUGGAGAGGCGUCAAUAAAAUCUACUAGGUCAUGCUCAUGGCAAAACCUCGGAGGCACCAUGGAAAAUGGCCGCCGAUACUGUGACGGCACGUACUUCAUGCCCAACGACGAACCCGAAUUGACUCGCCUCAACAUCGUGCAUCAGAUCUACCUGAUGAUGCUGGAUGGACGUCUGACUACCGCCCCGCUCACCAUGGAGGAACCGCGCAUCCUUGACGUCGGCACGGGCCCGGGUGACUGGGCCAUUGAGAUGAGCGCCGAGUAUCCGCGAGCCUCCGUCAUUGCCUCGGACAUCGGUGUGUUCGACUCGGGCCUGGGCCAUCUCUCCCUGCCCAAUGUGGACUUCCAGCUCGCCGACGCCCAGUCCGAAUGGACCUACCACGAACCCUUUGAUUUAGUGCAUAUGCGUGGCCUCUCGGGUGCCUUCCAGGACUGGCACGCCAUCUACCGCCAGGCCUUCACCCACCUCAAACCUGGCGGUUACCUCGAAGUCGCCGACGCCGACCCGGCCGGCGACACCAUGACCAACCCGGACGCCGACGAGUCCUACAUCCGCAUCUUCGCCGCUGCCAUGCGCUCCGCCGCCGAGUCCGCCGGCUACCCGCGCGAUCUGCUUCAUCUGCAAACGAGCGCCCUCUCUGCUGCGGGCUUCGUCGAUGUCCGCGUGCUGGAACGUUUUAUCCCCAUCGGUCUGUGGCCCGAUGACCUGCACGAGAAGAGCCUGGGAAAGAUGGCCCUCAUUGCCGCCCUCGAGGGGCUGGAAGCAUUUGCGCUACGUCCACUCACUCGCUCCGGCUGCUGGUCCCUCGACGCAGCCCGCGAUCUAUGCGAGAAGGUCAAGGGUGAGUUCCUGACCGCAGAUCGCAUAACGGCCCGUGUGCGUGUCGUGACGGGCCGCAAACCCGUCUCGUAUUCCCAGCGUCGGGAAGAGGUUCUGGCCCGCGCCAUGCGGAAGGUCAGGAUGUAUGACGGACCUGCCGAGUCCGAAUCCGAACCUAAGUCUAACUCUGACUAG